UAAUAUCUCAAAUGAUGAUAUACAAUCAACAUCAUUACAUGAAUUAUACCAACAAUCGACGAAUUGCAACAACCUCUGACGAAGUACUACUAUUCGAAAACGAACUAGCGUCCUUCUUAACCCCCAUCGUUCGGCCCCGCCAUCUCCAUUACCAACCCUUGCUUCAGAACCAGGAAUAUGAAUCUUGCUGCACAUCAUCCAAAAAGACUCUGCUCGUAAGCGAAAACUCUGGUGAAUCACGGUGGUCAUGGAACUUGGUAUGUAUUCGGUGGCCUUCUCAAUUGCUUUAGGGGGGCAUGGAGGGGUCACUCAAGUUCAGUGAGACCCCUCCCCCCGGAGUCCGAGAUACGAUAACAUCUCGGAUCACCAACGAAUCGAAUUGCUGAGCUGACUGCGUUGUAUGCGUCAGUCUUCGGCUUGAGUUACAGUGGGGGUUUGUUUCUUUUCCCGCAUCUUCAACUUUUUCUUAAUCCCUCCUUUCACCUCCACUUAUAUACUUGUUCGAAAAGUAGAUAGCUGAACAUCCCUACCUGAACACUGCGAUAUCGAAAUCAGCUUCAUAAAUAUAAGGGAAAGAUAGAAUAGCCACCAGGGAAUAUAUCGUCAGACCUGAUACAAACUCCCCAAAGACAAACUCCACACGAUGCCCUCCACCGCAACCCCACCACCAGGCACCAAAAUCCCCUCCGAGAUCCCCCCCUCAGAACCCCUCCCCCGAAUCCUCUGUCUCCACGGCGGCGGCGUCAACGCUGCAAUCUUCAAAGCCCAAUCCCGCUCUCUCAUCCGCCAUCUCCAACACUCGUUCCGCCUCGUCUGGGCAGACGGCCCGUUUCUCUGCGAUCCACACUCAGACGUGAUCCACGUGUACGGCUCCUACGGACCAUUCCGACGGUGGCUACGAUGGCUGCCGUCGCACCCUGAAACCGACGCCGAGAGCUGCAUAGACGAGAUUGGGUACUCGAUCCGCACUGCGAUGGAAGAAGAUGACCGGGCCGGCGGGACGGGAGAGUGGGUCGGGCUGAUGGGGUUCAGUCAGGGCGCGAAGCUGAGCGCGAGUUUACUCCUCGAACAGCAGGCGCGUGAGGAACUGGCGCGUCGCGAAGGCAGGGAGGAUGUUGGGACCGGUCCGAUCGGGAUCCCUGGCGUGGAAUGGAAAUUCGGGGUUCUGCUUGCUGGACGGGCGCCGUUGAGUAAUUUGAACCCCGGGUUGUUGACUUCGAGGGCGUUGGUGAGUGCGGCGGAUAUAUCUGAAGGGUUUCAGUUCGUGAAGGAGGUUGAUGCCGAGGCGGUGUUGAGGUCGCCGACGAUUCAUGUCCAUGGCAUGGCGGAUGCGGGGUUGCAUUUGCAUCGGAAGCUGUUGGAUGACUAUUGUGAGGAGGGGAGUACGGUGUUGAUUGAGUGGGAUGGCACGCAUAGGGUGCCUAUCAAGAGUAAGGAUGUAGAGCCUAUUGUGGGUGCCAUGUACGACUUGGCUGAGAAAUAUAACAUUGAGGUUACGCGGACGGUUUAGAGUUGUUGGCCUGGGGGCCUAGACGGCUUUACAAGAAGCCAUAUCCUCCUUCUCUCCUCCAUCGUUCUCACUCGGACUGAUCAUUCGUGGAAUUAUGUCUCGGCUUCCAUCGAAAACGAAUGGUUGACUCUCAGACCUCAAACUCCGUGUCAACACAACAACUCUGGUUCAACCCC